CAACUCACACACACACACACACACACACACACCCCCCACAGACCCCUCUCACACAGGAGUCGAUAGAGAGCGGUGAAGAGCAGAAGGAGCUGGGUGGCAGGAGAGAUGCAGGAGGGUUGUUGUUGAAUGAACAAAACCAGGAAAGGAGUGCGCAGUCCUGGGGAGAAGAGCAGCUGUGAAAUGCCUCGAAGGGAGCCUGCUAACAACUCCUGCAGAGACCUGAAGGUGUUGAGCUUCAGCUGAGGAUGGCAGGAGAUUCUCGAGUCCUCAUGGACCACAACAUGGAGAUAGGAGUCACACCUGCACAGGUGAAGAAGCUUCCUAAACACUUGCGGGAGGCUCAGAUCUCGACAGAGCGAACCCACUUGAUUUCUGACCCGGCGAAGAAGCCACGUCAGCGAUACGUGCAGAAAGACGGAAAGUGCAACGUUCAUCAUGGAAACGUGCAAGAGACCUACCGAUACCUCAGUGACUUGUUCACUACUCUGGUGGACCUACGCUGGCGUCUUAGUCUCUUCAUUUUCACCUUGGUCUAUAUAGUCAACUGGCUUUUCUUUGGCUUUCUGUGGUGGCUGAUAGCACUAAUCCGUGGGGAUCUGGUGCAUGCUGAUGAGGAGGGCUGGACCCCCUGUGUGGAAAACCUCAACAGUUUUGUCUCAGCCUUCCUUUUCUCCAUUGAAACAGAGACCACCAUUGGGUACGGUUAUCGUGUAAUCACAGAAAAAUGCCCUGAGGGUAUCAUACUGCUUUUGGUGCAGGCCAUCUUGGGUUCCAUUGUCAACGCCAUGAUGGUGGGCUGCAUGUUUGUCAAGAUCUCACAGCCAAAGAACCGCGCCGAGACCCUCAUGUUCUCGCACAAUGCUGUUAUAUCGGUGCGAGACAACAAGAUGUGCCUGAUGUUUCGGGUGGGAGACCUGAGGAACUCUCACAUCGUAGAGGCAUCGAUCAGAGCGAAGCUGAUCCGCUCGCAGCAGACCAAGGAGGGGGAGUUCAUCCCGCUCAACCAGACUGAUAUCAACAUCGGCUUCGACACGGGAGACGACCGGCUGUUCCUGGUGUCGCCGCUUAUCAUCUCUCACGAGAUCAACCAUAAGAGCCCCUUCUGGGAGAUGACAAUGGCGCAAAUCGAGAAGGAAGAGUUCGAGAUCGUGGUUAUCCUUGAGGGCAUGGUGGAGGCCACAGGGAUGACAUGUCAGGCUCGAAGUUCCUACCUGGACACAGAGGUGCUUUGGGGCUACCGCUUUACACCGGUUCUCUCCCUGGAGAAAGGCUUCUAUGAGGUAGACUACAACAACUUCCACGAUGUCUACGAAACCAACACCCCCACCUGCAGUGCCAAGGAGCUAGCUGCUAAGCUUCGGGAGGGGCCGCUAUUGCCUCAGCUUUCGCUCCGCAGCCCUGAGCCCAAAAUGCAUACUUUUGACCCCCUAAACCGCAUGUCAGAACGGGACCCACUCAGCCCGGAUGAGGACAAAGAGGAGAGAGAUUCAGGGGGUGACAGAGGAGAGACCAAUGGCUCAGCUGCUGCUUUGGAGGAUCCACCGCUUGCUGAUGGACUGCCUGGCUGAUGUGACUGACGGCCACAUCAGCUAAAAUCCCAGGACAGAGACUGGACAGAAGGACAGGACAAUAAUGCUUAAUUUAGUUAAUGGCCAGCUUGUUCCUUUGCAAUGCUUGGAGAUACAAGACAUCCGUCUCCAGCCCCCGACUCAUGCAAUAUUCCUCCACUAGAGUGUCAAUUUAUAGUAUUGAUUGGUUUUGUAGACACGUAAGUAACAUACACAGACACACACGUACAGUAUCUAUAUCUACACUUAAAGGUUGGUGGUUCAGAUUUUCUUUUUAUUACCAUAACGACCACUUACUGCUGUAACAGCUCAAGUUGUAUAAUGUAAACUUGAGCAGAAACUGGUAGCCAUGGCAGAGUACCAUGGGCUUAUUAUGGAUGCGCCAAUAUUCUCAUUUUAGAGUGUGUUGAUUCAGCUGAAUUCGAACAGUAUCAGUCUCAUAACUCAGCUAAUGUGUCUGACAGCUUCUGAGUGAUAAUGGAACCUUGUUAUUGAUGAUUUUUAAAAGUUGUGGGGGAUUAUAAUUUCAUUUCUCUGUCAGUGUUGUUAUUAUUCUGUGUCAGAAACCCAAUUCACCCUGGAGGAAAUGUAUAGGGCUUCUAGUUUGCAUAGGCAGGAGAAGACGUAGGAAAUUGUUCUGUAAAAGGCAACGUGUACUGGUAACCACUAUCUAAAUUUGUUUUCUUACAGUAGUUCACAACUUCCUCAUGGUUGUACUGUCGUAUAUAUUUUCAUUGAGCCUUGACCCAAAAGAAACCAGCUAGUACCUAAUUUUAUACUAAUUUUCAGGGUUUUGAAAUUAACAAUAAGAACUAGGCAAAUGCUGGCAAACUACUUGACUGUUUAAAGACUUAAUUUCCCUUCCCGUUGCAGCAACUAAAACAUUAAUUCCAAGCCCUUUUCUUGGUACGUAAAGCACAAUUUCCUAUGAAGUGACUCCACGCUGACCUGACACCUCUGCUACUGGCUGAUGCAUGUCAGUCCUAUUUACAGAAAAAGUAGAUUCAAAUAUUUAUAUGAAACAUCAAUGCUCAACUGCUAUUUGAAAUGUUCUUGAUUUUUACACACCACACAUGAAAAUUUCAAAUGCUCCAUAAGCAAAAUGAAAUACUCAGUGGUUUGUUUUGUUUUUGUUUUAAACAUUUAAAAGAUAUCCAACCCUGGUGUUUUUCAGAUACAUAAAAGUUGAGUCUACAGAAGAUAGGAGCAGGUUUUCUGUCUAAUCUGACUCUAAUCUCAGUUUAGUAUUUGGCCAGCGCAUUACCUGCAGUAUUUGCCUUCUUUGUAAUUAUUUCCUCUGAACUUUUCACCUUUAGCGUUCACCUCAUGAAUGGAAGUCUUCUUUGUCCACACACACGUGGUUCAAUCUGCACAUUGGCCUUGUUCCACAAACCACCCCUGAGUCUUUUGCUUGAUAUAGUUUAUAGCCCUUGUGAUCCUGUUUAGGAAGUCGACACAUGUCCUGUGAGGGUCAUAGCCUACAGUAUUCUUUGACUUUUCUUUAAAAGGAGACAUGUCAGAGCUUGCAUGCAUGAAUCAACCCCUAUGCGUCCCAUUUCUGAGUUUGUUUAAUACAGUAAGAAAUACAGGGUAUUUUCUAGGCAUGCAAAUUAUGAGAUUUCUACAAUAUAUUAUCAGAUAAUGUAUUAGUAUUCAAUUAUCAUUUGUUAAAAGAAAAAUUCCUGAUAGUUUAAAAUCUUCAACUUCCCAAUUCAAUGUUAAAUCGCUUUGUUUUUUUACAGGCGCUUCUCCAAUCAAUGUGUUAUUUUCACUGUGACAUUUUAACAUCUUACUAUGUAUUCCAUUUGCUAAACGAUCGUUUGUCAUUAGCAAGAGAUCGUCUUUCAUUGCUGGAAUGUCAUCUGUUGUCUGUGUGUUCUCAUGGGAAUAAACGUAAUAUGGCCGAAAGAA